AUGGAGGGCCUGGCGCAGCGCGCGGCGCUGCUGCGGGACUCGCUCGGGAAGAGCCAGGCGGCCACCGACGCCGUCGUCUCCAUCCUCGGCUCCUUCGACAGCCGCCUCUCCGCGCUCGACGCCGCCAUGCGCCCCAUCCAGCUCCGCACCCACGCCGUCCGCACCGCCCACGAGAACAUCGACCGCACCCUCCGCUCCGCAGACGUCAUCCUCACACAGUUCGACCGCACCAGAGAGGCAGAGCGCGAAAUACAAAAAGGUCCUAAUGAGAACCUCCAGGGUUUCCUCGACGCGGUCGACCGGCUGCGCAGCAUCGAGCGCUUCUUCAGCUCCAAUAGGAGCUACAGCAGCAGCGACCGGGUGCUCAGCCACGUGAACGGCCUCCUCUCCAAGGCCCUGGUGAAGAUGGAAGGUGAAUUCCAGAACCAGUUGACUCAGCGCAGCAAACCGAUGGAGCCUGACCGUCUUUUCGACUGCCUUCCGAGUACGCUUCGGCCAUCAGCCGAGUCUCGGUCUGAAGGUGGGAAACACCCGCCAGGUGGCGCGCAAUCUGAUAACCAUGAAACCGCGGAGGCUGCCGUAUACAAGCCUCCUGCACUUAUUGAGCCCAAGUUUGUUCCUUUGCUUGCUAAAUUGGCACAGCAGCUGGUCCAAGCUGGAUGCCAACAGCAAUGUGCAGAAAUAUACAGCGAAGCUCGUGCUUCAGCUUUAGAGUCGAGUUUGAAGAACUUGGGUGUUGAGAAACUGAGUAAAGAUGAAGUGCAGAAAAUGCCUUGGGAGAUUUUGGAGUCUAAAAUAGGGAACUGGAUUCAUUUCAUGCGAAUUGCUGUGAAACUUCUUUUCGCUGGGGAACGCCAGCUCUGUGACCAAGUUUUUCAAUGUAGCCAAUCUUUAAGGGAUAAGUGCUUUUCUGCAAUAACCAAGAACAGUUUGGCUACUCUACUCAGCUUUGGUGAGGCAAUUGCUAUGAGUAAAAGAUCACCGGAGAAAUUGUUUGUUCUGCUAGACAUGUAUGAGAUAAUGUGUGAACUUCAAACAGAGAUUGACACCAUCUUUGUUGGAGAAUCAUGCUCUCAAAUGCGUGACUCUGCACUCAGUCUGACAAAAUGUUUAGCACAAACUGCACAGAAGACUUUCAGUGAUUUCGAAGAAGCUGUCGAGAAGGAUGCAACAAAGAAUAUUCAUACUGAUGGAACAGUUCAUCCUUUGACAAGCUAUGUGAUUAACUAUGUUAAAUUUUUAUUUGACUAUCAAUCAACUCUGAAACAGCUCUUCCAGGAAUUCAAAAGGGAAGAUGGAUCAGGUUCUGAGCUGGCAUCUGUGACCAUGAGUAUUAUGCAAGCUUUACAAAAUAAUUUGGAUGCAAAAGCAAAACAAUACAAGGAUCCUGCAUUGAUGCACAUCUUUUUGAUGAAUAACAUUCAUUAUAUUGUUAAAUCUGUCCGCAGAUCAGAAGCCAAGGAUUUAUUGGGCGAUGACUGGAUUCAAAGACAUCGAAGGAUUGUACAGCAAAAUGCAAACCAAUAUAGAAGGGUUGCUUGGUCAAAGGUGUUGCAAUGCCUCUCGGGUCAAGGUUUGACUUCAUCAGGAGGUAGUGGUCAAGUAGGAAGCGAAGGUGGCAAUAGCAGUGGAGCUUCAAGAACAGCUGUGAAAGAGAGAUUCAGGUCUUUCAAUCUGCAAUUUGAAGAGAUUUAUCAAAAGCAGUGUGGCUGGUCUGUUCCAGAUUCAGAGUUGCGUGAGUCAUUGAGACUGGCAGUUGCAGAAAUUCUGUUACCCGCGUACAGAUCCUUCCAAAAACGCUUCGGGCCUCUCAUCGAGAACAGCAAAGCGCCUGGGAAGUACGUCAAGCACACGCCCGAGCAGCUUGAGCUGUUCCUGGGCAACCUAUUCGAGGGGAAACAAGAACGUCCUUGA